AUGAAAAAAUUGCUUUCUCUGUUGAAGAAAGAUGUCAUUCUUGUCCGACGGAACAAGGUAUGGACGACGUUCGAAGUGCUCAUACCUGUUAUGAUUCUUCUACUACCACUGGCUUUCCUGGACGAGAGUUAUCUCGUGACCUACAAAACUUUGCAAGAGGAGAGAAACUCGCUGAGAGCGUUAUCAGGAUCUAUCAAUGAAGUUGAUUUAGAAGACGUGGUUCCAGAUAUUGAGCUAGCUGUGGACGGAUGUGAUGUACCUCCUGAUGUGGAUUCUUGUAAACCUGUCGGAGGAGUUUUCGUAACUUCCGAUGGAGUCGAUAUGAUUGUGCCAGCGACCAAUAAAGACAUCAAUGCUCUGAAAAAGCCCAUUGAGCCAAAACCCGACGACGACACGGUUUCCUUCUAUUCCUACUACGUUCCAUAUCUCUACAAAACGAUGAAUAUCAAGUUCCAAAAAGAUACAAAAGCAGCUGGAUAUCAAGCGAAACCAGACAAGGACAGAUUGAAGACCAUCUACAUUUACUCUGAAAAUGAAGGAACCAUUUCCUUCUUUUCGUACGUCUCACUUUUGAUUGGUUUUUGUAUCACACUUCCUGUUAUCAAUACGCCAUACCUAAACUCCAUCGGUCUGUCUCGAACAUUGUUCUACGCAGAACAUUUCAUAUUUGCCACUCUGAAGUCAACAAUUCUCAUUUUGUUGGCCAUCGUUGUCUACUGUAUUUUGAUUACGGUAUCACUAGAUUCUUUUCUUCUUCUUUUUUCUAUAUUUCUUUACCAGAGAUUCAAUGUCUUCUGGAUUGUGUUCGGUGUCUUCGUCUACAUUGUCGCAUCGAUUUCCUUUGCCAUGUUCGUCUCUGCGUUUUUCGCCAAACCUAGGAGAGCAGUAGAAGCAAUCACUGCGAUUUGGCUGGCAUCAAUUUACUUCUCCACUUUCUCCUUCCAUCCAGUUGGAUGGGAAACAAUUCCAGCUUCUUUGAACAUCAACAAAGCACUCAAAUGCUACAUUCUUGCUAUGGAACCACAUUUUGUGAAAGAUGGCGGAAUGUCGUUCACAGAUGGAUUCGAAAGUAUACGUGAAGAAUAUUAUUCAUGUCUUGUAUAUCUGUUGGUCAUGAUUUUCGAUGCAGUUGUGAUGUCAGUUGGAAGCGUUUUUGCAUCUAGACUUGUAGAUAAAACAUCCAACUAUUUGGUUACACUGUUUUGGAAAAAGAUGAAACACGUGGAUGAAGAGGAGAAGACCAAUUCUUCAUCUGACUUGAGUAAUGCGGAAGGUAUUCUUCUCGGAGAAGAAGUCGUCAAAGGAAGGAAGGAUGCAGUGUCCGACAUAGAACUAAGUGGUCUUAUAAAGAUUUAUGAAAACGGUGAAACUGCUGUGAAUGGUCUAUCCAUGAGAGCAAUCAGAGGUCAAGUGUCCGUUCUUCUUGGGCAUAAUGGGUGUGGAAAGAGUACAACAUUUGGAAUGAUCACAGGAAAUCUACAACCCACCAGCGGAACCAUCACAAUCGAAGAAGUAGAUGCAGUUGAAAAUCGAAACGUCGCAAGACAAUCAGUUGGAUACUGUCCUCAAUACAAUCCACUUUAUGAUAAAUUGACAGUUAUGGAACAUCUCGAAUUGGUGAACACAUUGAAAGGAAAAAGUUCGGAUGACUUUGAAAAUGAUGCUGCAACCCUGUUGAGACAGAUCGUUUUGGAAGACAAGAGAAACGUUAUGGCGAAGAAUCUGUCUGGAGGAAUGAAACGAAAACUAUCAGUUUGUAUGGCAAUGAUUGGUGGAAGUCGAGUUGUUCUUCUUGAUGAACCAACUGCUGGAAUGGAUCCUGGAGCUCGUCUUGAUGUCCAAAAGAUUCUGAAUAAAGUCAAAGAGGAAAGAACAAUUCUUCUAACAACUCAUUACAUGGAUGAAGCUGAAAAACUUGGAGACUGGGUGUUCGUGAUGUCACAUGGAAAAAUGGCUGCAUCUGGAUCACUCCCAUUCUUAAAAAAGAAAUAUGGCGAUGGAUAUGUAAUGACACUGGUCUUGGAUUCUGAUGAUAACAUUGAAGAGCCAAUUGCAGUAGUGGAUCAAUUAUGCACAGCAUAUGUCAAUGAUGCCAAACUUAAAGAUCAACGAGGUCAAAUGAUUGAGAUCAGUCUCCCAGAAAACCAGAAGGAUCGAUUCCUAAGUCUCUUUAAGGCUUUAGAAGCAAUAAUCGAUAAACAGUACGAUUCUGAAGACUUGAGAUAUCUAUCGAGUCACUUGAUGGAACAAGUCAAAAAGCUGAAAAUUGUUGCAAUGGGGAUUUCAGUGAGCUCCUUGGAACAAGUUUUCAUCAAAGUCGAAAGGGAGUGCGAUAGAGUUUUAUACGGGAUAGAUGAUGAUGAAAGAAGGGCGAGAGCUGAGAAAAACUUCAAUGCUUUGGCGGAAGCCAAGAAAGAACCACCACUCGAAGGCCAAUCAUUGAUUUCCUGUCAACUCAAAACGAUUCUCUACAAACGCUUCGUUCAUCUUCUCAAAAAUCCCAGCCAACUUAUCAUGCAGUUCUUUAUUCUAACGAUUUUCUUGUAUUUGGUUUUUAAAAAGAGUGCAAUUAGUGUGCCUGCUGACCCGACUGCCCUCAUACACAACUUCAAUUUAUCUGGCUUCCCCCCGUCCAAAGUGAUUCUUCAAUUUGAGAAAAAUUCGGAUCAGAGGAUAUUUAAUUAUUUGAAGCAUUUCAAAAAUCUAGAGGUAGACAACUCAAGAAUCAAAAAGUAUGAACUUAAAAAUGUUUCUGAAGUCCCGAUGAAAAAGAAAAUUCCAGCCCUUGUCAAGAAUCAGACUGUCAGUGAUAAGAAAAUAGGACUUGUCAUCUCAGUUUAUGAGCAUAAGACCAUAUUACACUAUUACGAACAAACGUCAUCUUGUCUUCCGAUUGCGCUGAACUUGCUCUCGAACCUUAAAUAUCUUCGACUCAAUUCGUCAAGUCCUGUUGGAACGAAUGAGUUGUACGUAGAGUUCGUGCCAGUAAAACAUGCUGAGAUGCAAAUGCUCACUGGAAUUUCUCCACCCAUUUUCUGGAUCGGAAGCGUCUUUUGGGAUUUCUGUCUCUAUUUUAUUGUUGCGGUUUAUGCCUAUAUUCUAUUCCAUGUUUAUGGUACUUUCGAGGACUAUUAUCAUUUGGUCUACGGCAGCGUGCUGUUAUUCUUCUUCCCGAUCAUUUCUUUCGUCUAUCUUGUGUCUGUUUUCAUCAAAACACCAACAGUUGGAUCGACAUUCCUGAUAUUUUUCAAGCUCACAGCUGCAGCCACCGGCAUGUUGGUUUAUGCGUGGUAUUUGCUCAUAAACAAAGAUAACUUGCUGAUCAGACAAUGGUACGCAUUCGGACUUGUUGAUGCUGGACUAAUUUUGAUGUAUUCCCUAACAAAACUGCACAUGUGUCAAAAGAUUCUGCAGAAGGCGUUCUCCACAGCCAGACCACUCAUUUUUGGAUUCGACUCAGUUUAUGAGUUUCCAGCAAUUUGGGUUGAUUAUUGCUACUUUAUUCUUCUUUCCGUUCUAUUCUUCUGGUUUUUCGUUGCUUUCCGAUCUCGAGUCUUCAAACGACUUUUGGGUGGAUACAAAAACAAAAAACCACGAGAGAAAAAGCGGUAUGCGAUCAUUGAUGAAACAUCUACAACUCGUGGAGAAAAAUCACCAAUGGUGCCCACUGGAACAACUCGAAGUACACCUGGAACAACCAUUGCUACCGGGUCGGAAAGUUCAGUUCAACAUGGGAAACCAGUUGUUGUGACAGAUCAACUUGUGAAAGAUUUCGGAGAUCUGCGCGCAGUGAAUGGGCUGACGGUUACUGUAAAAGAGAAGGAAUGUUUCGGUCUGCUAGGACAGAAUGGAGCAGGAAAGACGACCUCUUUUGAUAUGCUAACAGGUAUCUCAAUUCCAUCUGGAGGAACAGCAAGCAUUGCAGGAGAAAAUAUAACCAGUAGAAUACAAAUCGGUUACUGUCCCCAGUUUGACACUUUAUUGGGUCAGUUUUCUGGAAGACAGUGCCUUCGGAUCAUUGCUCAACUCCAAGGUUAUUCAAACUGUGAAGAUGUGAUCGAAAUGGUUCUAAUCUGUAUUGGAAUGACUGAUCAUGCGGAUAAGAAAAUUCAACAUUGCAGUGGUGGACAAAAACGAAAAAUCUCGGUGGGAAUCGCACUAAUGUCUCGUUCUCCCUGUGUCAUGUUAGAUGAACCAACAGCUGGAAUAGAUCCAAGAGCGAGAAGAGAAAUUUGGGAUAUUCUACACAAUAUGCGAGAGAAGGGAAACAGUUCGAUCGUUUUGACAUCGCAUUCGAUGGAUGAGUGUGAAGCACUUUGUACUCGUAUUGGAAUACUCCGUGAAGGAGAUAUGAUUGCAGUUGGCAGCAGUCAAGAAUUAAAAUCCAGAUUUGGAAAUUUCUAUUUGAUGACAAUGGUUCUACAAAGCUUGGAGCAAUCUGCAAGUGUGAUGGGAUCAGUGGCUGUGAAUUGGCCGGAAGCAGUUCUAAAAGUGGAACCAUCCCAAGCAAACUUGAAUAUUGUCUACCAACUCCCGAAACCAAAAGGUUCGAAAUGGUCGGAAACGUUAAAACAGGUUGAAGAGCUGGCAGCAAGUCUUGAGGUGGAAGACUUCAUGCUCUCGCAAGCAACUCUUGAAGAUGCCUUCAUUCGCUUGAAUUCAGCACAAACUCGUUAA